AAUGUGACGUACGCCUGUGGGCCGGACCGUGAGCUGGAGAAAGGCAAUGUCGAUCGGCGAGAGAUCGGUUACAGAGGCGGCCGGGAGCGUCAACAGAAUGGUAGCACAACAGAAGAACCUUGAGGGGUACGUGGGAUUCGCAAAUCUCCCCAACCAAGUGUACAGAAAGUCUGUGAAGAGGGGCUUCGAGUUCACUCUCAUGGUCGUCGGAGAAUCAGGUUUGGGGAAGUCUACACUCAUCAACUCCCUGUUCCUGACAGACUUGUAUUCUCCAGAGUAUCCCGGACCCUCUCACAGAAUCAAGAAAACCGUUCAGGUGGAGCAGUCCAAGGUGCUGAUUAAAGAGGGUGGAGUUCAAUUGCUGCUCACCAUCGUGGACACGCCAGGGUUCGGAGAUGCUGUGGAUAACAGUAACUGCUGGCAGCCCGUCAUCGAUCACAUCGACAGCAAGUUUGAGGAUUACCUCAACGCAGAGUCACGCGUCAAUCGACGCCAGAUGCCCGACAGCCGAGUGCACUGCUGUCUGUACUUCAUCGCCCCCUCUGGUCAUGGACUGAAACCACUGGAUAUUGAGUUCAUGAAACGGUUACAUGAAAAAGUGAACAUCAUCCCACUCAUCGCCAAAGCAGACACACUGACUCCAGAGGAGUGCCAACAGUUCAAGAAGCAGAUAAUGAGAGAGAUCCAGGAACAUAAGAUCAAAAUCUAUGAGUUCCCGGAGACUGAUGACGAGGAGGAGAGCAAGCUAGUCAAGAAGAUUAAGGACCGUCUGCCGCUGGCUGUGGUGGGCAGUAACACCAUCAUCGAGGUCAAUGGGAAGCGUGUACGGGGCAGGCAGUACCCCUGGGGCGUGGCAGAAGUGGAGAAUGGGGAGCACUGUGACUUCACAAUCCUUCGAAACAUGCUCAUCAGAACUCACAUGCAGGACCUGAAGGACGUGACCAACAACGUCCAUUACGAGAACUAUCGCAGCAGGAAACUGGCCGCUGUCACUUACAACGGUGUCGACAACAACAAAAACAAAGGCCAACUCACAAAGUGAGUGCUUUUCACCAAUACAAGCUCCAGAGCCUAUUUUAAGCCUUAAUUCAAGUGUACACAAACAUGACCGAUACGGUUUACUGAUGUCAGUUUACUGUACAUGAAGCAGGUGUCUGUGGUUAUAUUAUGCCCAUAAAGGAUCAUUGUGUAAA